UCUCUAAAAAGUAGUAUCUCCUGCUUCCAAAAAGACUGGGGAAACUGCUUCCACUGCUCUGUUGCAGUAGUGAGUGACAAGUCCCACUGAUGACAAAUUGGUGUGAGGUCACACAGACUUUGUGUGAGUUAAAAAAAAGGAAAUAUUUUUCUCUCUUUAAACUUAUGUCCAUAACUUAAUGUGACUUUUCUUGAAGAUAUCCUCUUCACAAUGGCCUUUGAGGAGCUCCUGAACGAAGUUGGUGGUUUGGGGAAAUUCCAGAUCCUUCAGAUGGUUCUAACCCUUCCUUGUCUCAUGUUAACAAUUUGUCAAAUUCUGUUGGAGAAUUUCACUGCAGCCAUUCCUGCUCAUCGCUGCUGGGUCCACAUCCUUGAUAAUGACACUGUCUCUGAUAACGAUACAGGGACUCUCAGCCCUGAUGUUCUCCUGAGAAUCUCCAUCCCCCUGGACUCAAACUUGAAACCUGAGAAAUGUCAUCGCUUCCUCCACCCCCAGUGGCAGCUCCUUCACCUGAAUGGAACCUUCCCCAAUGUGACUGACCUGGACACGGAGCCCUGUGUGGACGGCUGGGUGUAUGACCGAAGCUCCUUCUCCUCCACAAUCGUGACUGAGUGGGACCUCGUAUGUGAUUAUCAGUCACAGAAACCAUUGGUUCAAUUUGCAUUCAUGGCUGGAAUGCUGCUGGGAGGCUUCAUAUAUGGCUGUCUCUCAGACAGGUGCGUGUCUCCAAAUUAUUGCUGCCCUUCCUCUGUGGUGUUUUCAUGGUUUAUGAUUCCUGUCAUGACGCAGCAUAAAUGA